AUGAAAAAGCCCGUUCAACAUCUGGUGAUCGACACAAACGCUUUGAUUCAUCCUGUUGAACUGCAUAAUAUCGCCGAGAAGUUCUACGCGCCACCGGGAGUUCUGGCCGAAGCGAGAUGUCAAAGGAGUCGAAUCAAAAUCGACACCUUCCCCUUCGAAAUUGUAUGGCGUGAUCCAUCGAGUGAAUCGAUGGCAAAAGUUGUCGAGGAAUCAAAAAAGACUGGAAAUUACCCAGAGUUAUCGGCUGUGGAUCUAACGGUUUUGGCUCUCACUUUGGACCUAUGGAAACAACACUGUGGUGGAAGCACUGAAGUAGCUUCUAAAGAUCUUACAAUGGAAGAGGUCGAAAAUAAAGUCAAGGAUUUGCAUUUGGAAGCACCAAAUACUUCAGAGGAAGAAGUUGAAGACGGUGAUCACGAAGAGCAAGGACAAGUUUUCGAAAAAGGAGAUCUCCCCGAAGGCUUUUGCGCAAAUGCCGACAGCUCUGAUGAGGAGGGUUGGAUGACUCCUGAAUCGAUAGAUACGGCUUUAAACAAAAUGGGAGCAAUAGAGGUAUCUGAAGGUACGGAAGUUGGUUGUAUCACGACAGAUUUUGCCGUUCAAAACGUUUUGCUACAUAUGCAUCUCGAGUUGAUCUCACUUACUGGCUAUCGCAUUAAGAAGAUCCAAACAUAUGUACUCCGUUGCCGAUCUUGUUUCAACACUACAUCCAACAUGGAAAAAGAGUUUUGCGCAAAAUGCGGUAACAAAACACUGCAUAAGUGUGCCGUUUCGAUAGAUAAAGAUGGAAAGCAACAACUACAUCUGAAUUGGAGACGCUUGACUAAUCUUCGAGGACUAAAAUACAGUAUGGCCGCUCCUAAAGGUGGAAAGCAUGCGGCUGUGGAGAAAAUUGUUGAGGACCAACGUAUGCCUGAUCAACGCGUCGCUAAAUGCCGUACAAAGCAGUUUGAUGAUAGCCCGUUCUCGAUGAGAGACACCACAAGUCGCAGUGCUAUGCUUGGUGUCGGUGUACAAAUUCAUCGACAACAGAGAUCGAAGAACCCGAAUGAAUCAAGACCAAGUACGGGAAACAAACGAGGGAAAAAAAACUUUAUACAAUUCAAAUCGAAGAAAAAGCAAACGAAUGUGAAAAUGAGG